GUUAAAGUCGCGAGCUGUCCCCCUACCCACCGCAUAGACCGAGCGAGACUCCCCAACGCACUCAGUGACCAUCGCCUGCCGCUGGCUGGCUCGGGUACGGUGCGAAAGAAGUCCUCCACCACCGCCAGAAUGCAUUGGGCUCUUCGCUGCCUGCUGCUGAGCGCCGUGAUUGGCUGCCUGCAUGCGACCAAGGACAGUGGACGAUUCGCAAAGGAGGAUGACGCCCGCAAAACCCACGGACCGUUCAGAGGCACAGACAAAGCUCCCCCAGAGGCCCCCUGUGACGUCUCACUAGCGCCCAGCCCCCAGGAGGUGGAGCGUGUCGUGGAGGCCAUCUUGGAGCUAGGCCUCAGCCUGUUCCGCGUGCUGGACAGCGCCCUGCCACCCACCACCAACAUCGUCAUCUCGCCAGUCAGCAUCGCCAUGGUGCUCGCUAACCUCGCCCUGGGUGCCGAGGGCGAGACCAAGCGGGAGCUCCUCGGCCUUCUCGCCCUCCAGAACGACUGUGACCACCGCAUCCUCCGCUUCGUGUUCGGCACGCUCGCCGAGGAGACCACCACAGUGGCGUCGCACGUGUUCCUGCGUCGAGCGCACAUCGAGGAGAGGUUCCGCUCCAGGCUGGCCGCGUUCUACAGCGCGGCCAGCAGCGAGCUGCACGGCAGUGCCCGGGAGGACGCAGAGCGAAUGAACGCCUGGGCCCUGCGCCACACCGGGGCCCGGCUCGGGGACCUCGUCACGAGCCUCGGCGCCGACACUCGCCUCGUGCUGCUCAGCGCUCUCUACUACAAAGGCGAGUGGAAGACGAAGUUCAACGUUGACUACACGGUGAAGAGGCAGUUCGUGCUCCCGAUGGGCCAGACGAAGAUGGUGGACAUGGUCCACGCGCCGUCCUAUCCCUUCCGCAUCAAGGACCUGUUUCCCUACCAGUUUGCCGAGUUCCCCUUCUGCAAGAACUCGAGCCUGGUCACGGUGAGCUCCCAGGAUUCGGACGAGGACUUCAGGGCGAUGCAGACGAACAUCCGCGCCUCCGACUUCCGUGCCGGACUCAGCAACAUGAAGGACGUUGUGAUGGCCGUGGCCAUUCCCAAGGUGACACUACGGGAGAAGGUGGACCUCACGAGGGCCCUGCAGGACAUGGCCCCCAAGCCCCUGACCCACCUCUUCUCCCCCGCCGCCGACCUCCGUGGCCUCUCCGCGGAGCGCCUGUGGGUGUCCGACGUUUCGCACUCGGCCUUCGUGCGCGUGGACGAGGAGGGCGCGGAGGCUGCGGCGGCGACGGCGGCGUCGGCCAGCCGCAGCCUCCGCGAGUUGGCCCUGGAGCGGCCCUUCCUCUUCCUGCUCAGAGACCGCCCCGCGCCGGGGUCGGCCGGCCUGCCGCUGCUGCUGGGACGGGUCGUGGACCCAGAGCCAUAGCAGCUGCACGGGGGGGCGUG